UCCUGUUAAAAUCCCGAAAAUUACCGAUGAUUGAAACAUCGGUAAUCUUCGGAAGAUGUUAGAGUUAUCGUUCUUGUUGACCGGAAGUCGUAGAGUUACUGUUCUUGAUGUAAACACAUGGCUGCUCCAUUUGAGAAGACGAGGGAUAAAAAAGGCCGGUUUGCAGCAAAUAAAAAGAAAAGAGUUGUAUCUGUACCACGUUAUGUGAGAAAUGAACAUUCUUAUACUUCUGCGAAUAUAUCAAGAACGGAUCAGCCGGAACAUGCCGAAGGAGACGACAAUUGGAAGGAAGGUAGACGACUUGUUGAGUUUGGUGUUCUACUAUCAAAUCUAAGACACUGUGAGGCUUGUCGCCUCGGACCGGUAGCUUUGACCUACGACAGCGUUGUAGGGGAACUCCAGAAAGGGCUUGGUGGUUAUUUAUACGUUAAGUGCAGCAAUAAUGACUGUAACCACGUCAACAGAGUACCCUACGGUAGCACCCACCGUGUUAAAAAACUAGGCAUGCCCUGCUUUGCUGUCAAUACGAAACUUGGAACAGCUAUGAUUGACAGUUUAGGUGGUCCAGAUAGAGUAAAUAAUGUUUUAGCUGCACUGAAUUUGAAGCCUAUUAGUCAGAAAAACUUGAAGAUGAUUGAGAGAAGAGCAGGGAACUUUGUUGAAUCUAUAGCCAAGUCAUCUAUGUCCAAGGCAGCAAAAGAUUCUUUUGAACUUGAGAUGGAAGAUGUGGGUAAUGAGGAGUCAAAGAAAGCACAAGAAGAAAUGGGAGAGGAAAUAGAUGGCUUAUGUGUCAGUCUUUUUCAUGAUGCAUCUCCAAGUGUAAAAAAGCUAGUGUGUCGAGAAUCUGCUGCCUUACAGUCACCUGAACUUUUAAAGGAUGGAACUGAUGUACCCGGUUCAUCAAGGACAGUGAAGGACAUAUUUAAAGGUAGAGCUAAGUUGAAGAAAAGAGCUCCCUGUCAGCCUUCACAACAGCAGUCUCUGAAGUGCAAGAAAAAACUAGUAUCUAAAUUCCCAACCAAGACCAGAUCUGGCAUGUCAUGUGCAGUAGAUACAGCAUGGCAAAAACGUGGUUUUGAUAGCCUCACCUGUAAGUUUAGCAUUUUUUUUUUAAAUGUCCUGUCAUAAACAACUAAAAUCU